GAAGCAUGAUCAGAUAAGACGUUAACAUGGACAAUACAGUAACGUGUGGCAUUUCACUAGAGGAGCAAUCAUGUAUUUGCCUUGAAAUGACAAGACCUUUGCUUUUCAUCUGCAAAGACCUCAACUCCUUCUAACGACUGAUUCUGCACCAGCUUUUGCCAGUAGGAGCUAAUCCCUUCUCAAGUCUUUGCAAGAUGUCUGUGAGAACUCUGCCCUUGGUUUUCAUUAAUCUCGGUGGAGAGAUGCUUUAUAUACUGGACCAACGCCUGCGAGCUUUCAACACGUCUGAGGACAAUUCCGAGAAAGGAGUGUGGUCAGAAAAUGACAGAAAAAGAGUUAUGAACGACAUCGUUGGGACCCUGUUUAGUAAAUCUUUCAUGGACGAACUUCUCAAACCUCAGCAGCUGUAUUCCCACAGGACAAUGAAAACGGUGCUAACUCGGCUAGCGCACACCUCCAUCAUGAGGCUGAACCCCGCCAGCAUGGACAGGCUUUACGAGCUGAUGAUCAUGGCUUUCAAACAUCAAGUCUUCCUUUGUCCACGGCCAAAAGAUCUGCUGCUCAUCUCGUACAAUCACAUAGACACCAUCAAAGAAUUUGUAAAAGACACACCCGUUGUCGUGAAUCAAGUGAAUGAAACACACAGGAAAAUAAUUGAGGUAUACUCAUCUUUAUCAGAAGGCGAAUUCCAGCUUCUCAGACAGACGCUGCUCAUAUUUUGCCAAGACAUGAAUAUUCGAGUGUCACUUUUCCUAAAAAUUAAAAUCCAAAAUCCCAACGGACGUUUUGCGAUGACGACUGCAGGGCCGGUGCCUCAUGGGAUUGACGUCCCAGGACUUAUUAGGACGUUUGACAGUAAAGGCAGAGAAGUGAGACGACGCGAGUUCCCCAAUGGAGGAAGUUACACCAGCCCCAUCAGAGAGGGGUCUUUUGAGCUGCAUGGAGACAGAGUGAUCAGACUGGGCGUGAACAUGUACACAGCAGACCAUCCAGAGGAGACACACACAACCAAGACCCCCUCUGUUAAGCCAAACGACACACCCAACCUUCUGGCAAAGGAGGAGCUCAACCUGCUGGCACGUCUGAUGGGCAGUGUGAAGGCUGUGAACAUGCCCGGAGCUGAACCUGGUUUUAGAAUCAACCUGUUUAACACAGACCAGGAGGAGGAUGAGGCGGGAGCUUCGGCAGGAGCCGGGGAGUCGUUGUUUGGAGUGAUAAAUAUUCAAGCGAUGCAGGAUGAACAGGUUGCUACUGAGCUGGCUCUUAUCGCCGGACAGUUCGCGGAAAAAGAAGAGGAGUCUGAAAAUCAAAGCGCCAACAAAGGUGACGAGCUGCUGGCCAUGAUGGACGACCUGUGACUUCGAUUGUUUAUCACUGAACUAAUGAGAUUAUUUUAAUUUUGAGGCCAAAAAACAGGGCGCUAGAUGAAAUCACGCUGUGUCUACACCGACUCAACAGUCCACUGAAUGUAGAAGUGUUUUCACAGCUUUGAUGAUUAUCUUGAAUCUGAAAAUACUUGUUUUCAUCAUUUCAUUUGGAUCAUAUGAACGGACAACAAAUUGCGACAGCUGAAAUAUUUUAGUGUGUAUUUUCUAACAAGUUUAUGUUUGCAAUAAAGCAUUCAUUUGAAUAUUUAUGUCCAUGUUUUCUGUAUGUUUUCAUACGCUGUAAAUUAGAUGAGUUAGCCACACACUAUUUUAUUUAUGCAAGUAUUAUUUGGGAGCCGUAAUUAUGUUUGAAAGAGCUGACAGGUUAAAGCUUGAUUAAUUGAUCAACAGGCAGUUAAUUAGCAGCUCUUUUUUAUAAUUGCUGUAAUUGAAAUCACUGUUUAGGUGUAUAAGGAAUAAAAUAUUGCAUAUAUAUGUUAAAAUAUGAAAAUAUUAGUUUAUUCAUCACUUUUAUGCAUUUUAAACUCACCAGUCUUUUCCCUUACACAUCUUUAAAGUUCUGUGUUUCUUUGAGAUGUGUGUGAGACCCUUUUCUGGUUCAGUGAAGUUAUAUGAAUAUGUUGGUAGUGUGAGGUAGUAGGAGUUUAUUAGUUUUGUGCAGCAGCCUGCAGAGAGCGCUGUCGUGCUGGUGUUAAAAAAAAACUGAAAAGCUUCUUGUUGACCCAGCUAAAACUUUAAAUAAACACCAAAUAAGCAAUAAUAGAAAGCAUUCACUUAUUAUUUCAGAAGGAUAUUUUCGCCAGUAUCACAGUUAGGCUCUUGGAUCAUGUGUGCAACAAUCUGUGCAAAAAUAAAUGAAUACAUUUCUAACAGCUAUCAAUGCUAAAUGAAUCUAUU